AUGUCUACCCCUUGCCCGUUCCGCAUUUCGCGGGCUGCCAGCGAUCGGCUGGCUCGCAAUGAAGCAUUUCGAGCAAUUAGAGAGAAUCUCAGGCGCCAGGAGCUCGGCUCUGAAGCCCCAAGUUUUUGCACAUCCCACCGCUAUUCGUGCUCGGACGAGGAACAAGAGUCGUUUCGCCUGCAUCGUGAUAUAAUACACACCCUGCUCCUCCCCCUAUUCCUUCUCCAUAACCAAGCGUCUCGCGUUGCCGUCAACAUGUUGCCCGGCCGUAAAGCAACAGAGUCAGAGCGAGCCUUUCGAGGUGAAGCACGCGAUGCUUAUGCUUGGCUGCAUUGCAUCUUUAGUGAGGAGCAUGAUUGGUAUAUGACUGAGCGCUGCCCCGCCUGCAUCGGCCUGCACGUCUUGCAUUCAGAACCCACCAUCCGUUUUGUUGCCGUGGCGUGUCUCCUGUCCGACGACUUGCUCAAUCCAGGCCUGCUCAACUCCAGUCGACGGCUGCCUAGCUUUAAUUUCUGGCUUGAGGCGCUUGAAAUGGCAGUUCGCGAGGAUCCAUUUUGGGGCGCUGACUGCUGGCCCGACAUCGAAUAUCGUGCAUGCUCACUCAUCAAUGGCGUCCAGAUGUUGUCGCUGCAAUGCCUGGAAUUCCAAACAGCUCUAGACCGACACAACUUGCAAUCAACUACGCCGUACAAGGCAAACUGUCGGUUUCAGCGUGAUGUAACUCAGUCGUUGCCUGCUCAUCCGGUCCCUCUGGGUGCAUCCGACUGCUCACAGCUGCCCCUCGGGCAUGCGACGGAUUCGAGGCAACGCUCGAAGAUCUCUGCGAAUCGGUGCCUGCAGUCGCAUUGGGCCGAGCGGCCUCGGAGAUUUCACACGAGGCGGGAAGCCUGCUUCUACUCGACGCCAUCCCCAUUCGAAGAGCGAAUCGGAUAUUAUCGAGCGGUUCGCCACGGCCAACAAGUCUUCGUGUCUGGAACCACUGCAGUCGACCCCGCAUCUCCUGCUGACGCCCCGCAAAUCCUCUUCCCAGGCGACGCACGCCAGCAAACACGCGUGGCACUUGAGGAAUGUAUCAAGGCAGUCCAAGCCCUCGGCGGCAAGGGGCCUGAGAACGUGGUGCGGGUGAGAAUGUUCGUCAGUCGCCCCGAGGACUGCACUGCUGUCGGGGAGGGGUUCACGGAAAUCCUAGGACGCAAGAGCCAGCCAGGCGUCGGAGCUGCGGCGACAAUGCUGGUGGUGCGCAAUGGAUUCGUCGAUGAGAGAAUGCUCGUGGAGAUUGAGGUAGAUGCAAUCCUCUGA